GGGUGGGGGAGAGGAACACACACUCCUGCUCCAGGAUUGCAAACUCUGAUUUGGGUCAGGUCCUUGAUAUUUCUUGCCAUGGCCAGUUACAGCUUCAGGCAAACUACCUCUUCUGUGUCAGGAGGACUUGGUGGCUCCUCAGCCCGUCUUGGUGGGGGUUCCUUCAGGGCCCCGAGUAUCCACGGUGGAUCUGGUGGCAGGGGUGUCUCGGUCUCUUCUGCUAGAUUUGUCUCUUCUGGCCUAGGAAGUGGCGUGGGUGGUGGAUAUGGUGGCAGUUUUAGCAGCAGCUUCAGUGGUGGCUUUGGUGGUGGGUACGGUGGUCUGGGCAGUGGUGACGGCCUCCUUUCAGGAAAUGAGAAGACAACUAUGCAAAAUCUGAAUGACCGCCUAGCAUCUUACUUGGACAAAGUGCGUGCACUGGAAGAGGCAAAUUCUGAUCUUGAAAUUAAAAUCCGAGACUGGUACCAGAAGCAAGGACCAGGGCCUGCUCGGGACUACAGUCCUUAUUAUAAGACUAUCGAAGACCUUCGAGAAAAGAUCCUUGCUGCCACUAUCGACAACUCCAAGAUUGUCUUGCAGAUUGAUAACGCCAGGCUGGCUGCUGAUGACUUUAAAACCAAGUUCGAAACAGAGCAAGCUCUUCGCAUGAGCGUGGAGGCUGACAUCAACGGCCUGCGCAAAGUCCUGGAUGAGCUGACCCUGUCCAGAGCAGACUUGGAGCUGCAGAUCGAAAACUUAAAGGAGGAGCUGGCCUACCUAAAGAAGAACCAUGAGGAGGAAAUGAGUGCCCUGGGAGGGCAGGUAGCCGGCCAAGUGAGUGUCGAGGUGGACUCUGCUCCAGGCACCGACCUCUCCAAGAUCCUGGCUGAUAUGAGAGACCAGUACGAGCACAUGGCUGAAAAGAACAGGAAGGAUGCCGAGGCCUGGUUCCACAGCAAGAGUGAAGAGCUGAACCGUGAAGUAGCUGUGAACACCGAGCAACUGCAGAGCAGCAAGUCUGAGGUCACGGACUUGAGACGCACCCUCCAAGGGCUGGACAUAGAGCUUCAGUCCCAGCUCAGCAUGAAAGCGGCGCUGGAGACCAGCCUGGCCGACACGGAAGGCCGCUACGGCGCCCAGCUGGCGCAGAUCCAGGCCCUGAUCGGCGGCAUGGAGGCCCAGCUGGCUGACCUGCGAGCCGACAUGGAGCGCCAGAACGGCGAGUACAAGGCCCUCAUGGACAUCAAGACCCGCCUGGAGCAGGAGAUCGCCACGUACCGCCAGCUCCUGGAGGGCCAGGAGAGCCAGCUCUUUGGCUCCCUCCCUGCAGCUGCUGACAAAGGAGACAAGCUGGCAGACGGAAAAAAGUACUGAAAGUCUUCAAAAGGUCACCUUAAAAAUCGAAAAAAAGUGCCAACACUUAGGAAUCAAAAUGGAGAGGAAUCACUAUAAACUGGUGGAAAUGAGCUUGUUAAAGCACAGAAACAUCCUGACUACACCCAGUUUAGGCAGAUUGGUCCAUUUAGUGCUGAUUAAGCUUGGAAUUAGGUUAGGUUUUCAGUCAUUUCUAGUUCUUCCAUGUACUGCAUUGCUGUAUCUACUCUAAUAAAAAUGAUCUGUUUCUUGCAAGCGUAA